CUGGUCAAGUCUUCUCAGCCUUUUUAUGAGCUGCUCUUUUCCAGCUUGGUUCAAUCCCAAUCCCCUAGCUCCAUGGCUCUAUCUCUUCAUGGGUUUGUGAAAACGAGUUGCCGUCACAAGUUUAGGCUUUCCUACUCCUCCUACUUGCUGUCUUUCCUCAUUAUCUUUUACUUUAAUCCUGCUGUGACUACCAACGAUCCAAACUUCCUAUGGAAUUUGUGCCCAACUGAUGCAAACUACACAAUAAGCAGUGCAUUCCACAACAAUCUCAUUCUUCUUCUCGCUUCCCUCUCUUCCUCCGCCACCGCCGCCACAGGAUUCCACAACGACACGAUGGGCCGACCUCCGGACCAAGCCUUCGGCCUCGCGUUGUGCCGAGGAGAUCUCUCCCUCAGUGACUGCCAGGGCUGCCUCAGUGCCUCCGUCACACAAAUCACCCACAGUUGCCCUACCGGUAUGAGCUCCGCCAUAUGGUACGACAUCUGCAUGCUCCGCUACUCCAACACGAACUUCUUCUCCACCGACACGAUUUCCUACAAGGUCUAUCAAACCAACCCCAACAACGCAUCGGACCCGCAGAUCUUCAACGAUAAGUUGGGAAAUCUGAUGAACAGUCUCGCCACGAAGGCGGCAUUUACCUCGUCGAAGCUGUUCGCGGCGGGGGAUGUGAAUCUGACGAGCUUCACGAAGAUAUAUGGGCUGGUGCAGUGCACAAGGGACUUGUACGCCGGUGAGUGCUACAAUUGUCUUCUUGACGCAGUGGGGAGCAUACCCACCUUGUGCGGCUGGAGGCAGGGGUGCAAGGUGUUAGGGCAGAGCUGCGAUCUUCGAUAUGAAAUUUACCCUUUCUACAACAUUUCUGCUACAGAAGAAGUAUCUUCGCCGCCGUUGACUCCAGUUUCACCUCCACCGUUGCAGUCGAGCACCAGCAGUAAAGGAAAUAGUAACAACGGUCGGGGAACCAUACUAUUUAUCGCCAUCCCUCUGGCUGCAGCAGUGUUGCUGUUAUUAUGUGCCAUUUUUAUCUGUUGUCGAAGAACAAAAGCAAAAAUGCCAAGAUGGAAACCACUUUCACAUAUAUUCAAUGCUAAAUAUCAAGGUGAAAUAAGAGAUGCAACAUCUUUAUUGUUUGAUCUUGAGAGUAUUCGUAUCGCUACAGACAACUUCUCUGAUGCAAACAAGUUAGGGGAAGGAGGAUUUGGACCAGUUUAUAAGGGAAGACUGGAGAAUGGAGAGCAAAUAGCAGUGAAAAGGCUUUCGAGAAGCUCAGGGCAAGGACUAGUUGAGCUGAAAAAUGAAGUGCUUUUGGUUGCCAAACUUCAACACAGAAACCUUGUCAGAUUAUUGGGCUGUUGCUUAGAAUCUGAGGAGAAACUAUUGGUUUAUGAGUACCUUUCUAAUACAAGUCUUGAUAAGUUUUUAUUCGAUCCUUUGAAGAGGGUACAAUUAGAUUGGACAAGGCGGUUUAAGAUCAUUGAGGGCAUUGCUAGAGGACUUCUUUAUCUUCAUGAAGAUUCACGACUGAAGAUCAUUCAUCGAGACCUAAAAGCGAGUAACAUCUUGCUAGAUGCUAACAUGAACCCAAAAAUUUCAGAUUUCGGUUUGGCGAAGCUUUUUGGAGUGGAUGAAACACAAGGAAAUACUAGUAGAAUUGCUGGAACAUAUGGAUAUAUGGCACCGGAAUAUGUUCUUCAUGGUCUCUUAUCAAUUAAAUCAGAUGUGUUUAGUUAUGGUGUGCUAACGUUGGAGAUCUUGACGGGUCAGAAGAAUAAUAGUUAUCGAGGGUCAUCUUCAGUAUAUUCUGUUGAUCUUGUUACUCAUAUCUGGCGCAAUUGGACUCAAGGAAAUGCUCUACGAGCAAUCGAUCAAAACUUAGUCAACCAAUGUCCGACUCAAGAAGUACUAAGAUGCAUGCACAUAGGAUUGCUGUGUGUGCAAGAAGACCCAGUUCAAAGACCUACCAUGGCCAAUGUUGUUAUUAUGCUCAACAGCCACUCUAUUAGUCUUCCUACACCUUCAGCUCCAGCAUUUGUCAAUCAUACUGGCAGCACAACCACUGAAACAAAUGGUGUGUUAGGGAGGGACAGAAAUUAUAGUGAAAACCAGGUGAAGCCAAUAAAAUUUUCUAUAAAUGAGGUUUCAAUCUCUGAGUUGGAGCCUAGAAUGUCCGACUUCAUCUUCUUCUUCCUCUCCUUUCUUCUCCUCUUCUCCCUUCCCCAAACUAUUAAUUCUUGGAACUACUGUCCUACCGAUACCAACUACACAACUAAUAGCAGUUUCCGCUCCAACCUCGAUCUCCUCCUCGAGGCCCUCUCCUCCCCCUCAACCGCUGCCGCCGGCUUCUUCAAUACAAGCGUCGGUUCUCAGCCCCCAUCCCGAGUCAACGGCCUCGCUCUCUGCCGCGGCGACGUUUCCUCCUCCGUCUGCCAAGCCUGCCUCGCAUCUGCCGCCGUAGAAAUCAUCAGCACAUGCCCCAACGGCACCAGGUCCACCCUCGGCCACGACGAAUGCCUCCUCCGCUACUCCAACGAAAGCUUUUUCUCCGUCCCUGACAUUGGCUACCAGUUGUGGGCGUGGAAUACCAACAACGCCAGCGACCCCCAAAAGUUCGACAGCCUGCUGGGGAACCUCAUGGACUCGCUCACGCAGGAAGCGCGCGGUUCGGCGAGGCUCUUCGCGGCCGAAACGGAAAACGUGUCGGACUUCGACAGGAUAUACGGGCUGGUGCAGUGCACCAGGGACUUGUCUCCGGACGAUUGUUACUAUUGUCUCCGAAGCAUGGUGUCGUCGAUUUCCAGGUGCUGCGUUUCAAAACAAGGGGCAGCACUGUUUUCACAGAGUUGCUUCCUUCGAUUCGAGUUGUACCCUUUCUAUAAUCUUUCCGGCGUAGGUGCUCCGCCUCCGCAAGCACCACCACCGCCGUCUCGGAGUUCCAACGGUUCCAGGCCAAGCGAAGCAAUUGGAGGAAAUAGAAACAACGGUCGGGGAACCAUACUAUUUAUCGCCAUCCCUCUGGCUGCAGCAGUGUUGCUGUUACUAUGUGCCAUUUUUAUCUGUUGUCGAAGAACAAAAGCAAAAAUGCCAAGAUGGAAACCACUUUCACAUAUAUUCAAUAAUAAAUAUCAAGGUGAAAUAAGAGCUGCAGAAUCUUUAUUGUUUGAUCUUGAGAGUAUUCGAAUCGCUACAGACAACUUCUCUGAUGCAAACAAGUUAGGGGAAGGAGGAUUUGGACCAGUUUAUAAGGGAAGACUGGAGAAUGGAGAGCAAAUAGCAGUGAAGAGGCUUUCGAGAAGCUCAGGGCAAGGACUAGUUGAGCUGAAAAAUGAAGUGCUUUUGGUUGCCAAACUUCAACACAGAAACCUUGUCAGAUUAUUGGGCUGCUGCUUAGAAUCUGAGGAGAAACUAUUGGUUUAUGAGUACCUUUCUAAUACAAGUCUUGAUAAGUUUUUAUUCGAUCCUUUGAAGAGGGUGCAAUUAGAUUGGACAAGGCGGUUUAAGAUCAUUGAGGGCAUUGCUAGAGGACUUCUUUAUCUUCAUGAAGAUUCACGACUGAAGAUCAUUCAUCGAGACUUAAAAGCGAGUAACAUCUUGCUAGAUGCUAACAUGAACCCAAAAAUUUCAGAUUUCGGUUUGGCGAAGCUUUUUGGAGUGGAUGAAACACAAGGAAAUACUAGUAGAAUUGCUGGGACAUAUGGAUAUAUGGCACCGGAAUAUGCUCUUCAUGGUCUCUUAUCAAUUAAAUCAGAUGUAUUUAGUUAUGGUGUGCUAACGUUGGAGAUCUUGACGGGUCAGAAGAAUAAUAGUUACCGAGGGUCAUCCUCAGUAUAUUCUGUUGAUCUUGUUACUCAUAUCUGGCGCAAUUGGACUCAAGGAAAUGCUCUACAAGCAAUCGAUCAAAACUUAGUCAACCAAUGUCCGACUCAAGAAGUACUAAGAUGCAUGCAUAUAGGAUUGCUGUGUGUGCAAGAAGACCCAGUUCAAAGACCUACCAUGGCCAAUGUUGUUAUUAUGCUCAACAGCCACUCUAUUAGUCUUCCUACACCUUCAGCUCCAGCAUUUGUCAAUCAUACUGGCAGCACAACCAUUGAAACAAAUGGUGUUUUAGGGAGGGGCAGAAAUUAUAGUGAAAACCAGGUGAAGCCAACAAAAUUUUCUAUAAAUGAGGUUUCAAUCUCUGAGUUGGAGCCUAGAUAACAACAGGUCCAAACAUGAUCAUGGAAAGUUUAGUGUGUUUUUUUCUCAUAUGCACUAAAUUAAGUAUUA